GUUUGCAGAACCAUUAUGCUGUCUUCCCCACCCUCCCUCUCACAGAUUAUUUUUAUGGUUGGCCGAGGUUAUCUAUCCCCAGACCUGAGCAAAAUCUCUAGCAACUGUCCAAAAGCCAUGCGCCGCCUACUGUCUGACUGCCUCAAGUUCCAGCGGGAUGAGCGGCCCCUCUUCCCUCAGAUCCUGGCCACAAUUGAGCUGCUGCAGCGGUCACUCCCCAAGAUUGAGCGGAGUGCCUCCGAACCCUCUCUGCAUCGCACCCAGGCCGACGAGCUGCCUGCCUGCCUUCUCAGCGCAGCACGCCUAGUGCCUUAGGCCCCGCCCCCGGCCAACUGGGAGCCAAUCUUAGCCUACUGCGCCAAGGAGCCCCGCCCACCAGCCCAUCAAUGUUCUGUCUCUGCCUUGAUAACUGCCUCUGGAUCCCCCAUCUCCAUCUUGGGAGAUGAGCAGGAAUGCCCCCUCAUUGUUUCUCCAGUCACUCUGGGAUUGGGGAAAGGAUCCCCAAAGACUGAGACACCUCCUGCCUUCCUAAAUUGCUUUCCUCUUGGUUUGGGGGCUACUUCUAAAUUGGGGAGCUCCUUCAUUUCCAAAGACUGCGAUUCAUGUCAGAGAUUCUAUGCAGGAUCUCUCUGGAAUGUGCGCCCCAUGUGCCUUCCACUGGAUUUUGGGGUUCCCAGCACCCCGUGUGGAUCUGGGGGGGUCAUCUCCUUUUGUGUCUGCUCUGCCAUCUAAGGACCCUUCCCUCUCCCCCCCACUUCACCAAGAAGCACAGAAUUCUGCUGGG